UGGUCUUUAUCCAGGUUGUGAUCCGUGCCCCCAAAAACACAGAUUAACCCUUUUUCUACCCUCCUUCCAUCAUCACAUCACUACUACUACUACUAUGGAGUACUAGACUACAACUCCAACUGGACCUCGAUUUGAUCGUUCAUUUCUCUCUCUCCUCCUUUCUCUUUUCUCUCUCUAGCUUGCCAGUUAUGGCAGUGCACCAGUGCCAGUGCAAGAAAAGGGGUAGUGAGUUUUCAUCGGGAAGGUAAAGCAAACCCUUUUGCUUUCCUCUCCUCUCCUCUCCUCUUCACGAACAACUAGCUUCCAAGAUUUUCAACAAUCUCUUCCCUCUUCUAAUCUCUCUCUCUCUCUCUCUCUCUCUCUCUCUACCUGCAAUUACCGCGUGCGCUCUGAAAAUCCCCCUCUCCUCUCUCCCUCUCCCUCCCUCCCUCCCUCUCUCUCUAUAGUGAAAAUUUAAGGAGUUUAAUGGUCUGUCUGUUGAUAAUUACAAGCUUGAAAGAUCUGGACAGGCUUUCUCGACUCCUCCCAUCCAAACACCCCAAAUAAUUCCAAAUUUAAGAAAAGAAGAAGCGAAAAUAUAAACAGUAGGAAUACUGACUGCUACCACACACCACAAUAAUUUAGGAAUUCCUGUAAAAAGGCAGAGAAAGAGUGCAUAAAUCCCGGGAGAGUCCUCUGCACACACACUACCAUACCAAAAGGGAAAAAGAGGAACUCAGAUAUAUACUACAUGGGUGUGGUUUAGGGUUUUAUAGUAGUAAAACUUAAGGAGACCAUUUCAGAGAGAGAGAGAGAGAGAGAGAAUGGAAGGAGGAGGAGGUUCAAGUAUGAUGGGGGGAUAUGAAGAGGGCCACAGUAAUGGAGGAGUUGGACUGUGUCCAAUGAUGAUGAUGAUGACUAACGCUUCUCACUCAAUUAAUUUAGACCACAACCAUAACCACAAUAACCACAACAAUACCCUAUUUCUCCCACUGCCGCAACCACCGCCACCUCCUCCGAACAAUCACAACAUCAGCGGCACAACCACUGGGUUAUAUUUCAUGGAGAACAACACCAGCAACGGCGGCGGCGGCGCCUCUUCAUCUUCUGCUUCUGUCAGGGCCAAGAUCAUGGCUCAUCCCCACUACCACCGCCUCCUGGCGUCGUACGUUAAUUGCCAAAAGAUAGGAGCACCGGCGGAAGUGGUAGGGAGGCUAGAGGAAGCAUGCGCAGCAGCGGUGGCGGCAACCGGGCGAACCGGAACGGGGAACAUAGGGGAGGAUCCGGGGCUGGAUCAGUUUAUGGAAGCUUACUGUGAGAUGCUGACCAAGUACGAGCAAGAACUCUCCAAACCUUUCAAAGAAGCCAUGAUUUUCCUCUCAAGGAUCGAGUCCCAGUUCAAAUCCCUCUCCUUCGCCUCAUCUGAUUCUGCUAGUGGAGAAGGUUUGGAGAGAAAUGGAUCAUCUGAAGAAGAGGCUGAUUUGCAAAACAAUUUGAUAGAUCCUCAAGCAGAAGACAGGGAAUUGAAAGGCCAGUUGUUGCGCAAGUACAGUGGAUAUUUAGGGAGUCUGAAACAGGAGUUUAUGAAGAAGCGAAAGAAAGGGAAGUUGCCGAAAGAAGCCAGGCAGCAGUUGCUUGACUGGUGGAGUAGACAUUACAAAUGGCCAUACCCCUCGGAGUCGCAGAAACUGGCGCUUGCUGAAUCAACUGGUUUGGAUCAAAAGCAAAUAAACAACUGGUUCAUCAACCAAAGGAAAAGACACUGGAAGCCUUCGGAAGAUAUGCAGUUUGUCGUCAUGGAUGCCUCAGCUCAUCCUCACUACUACAUGGAGAAUGUUCUGGGCAACCCCUUCCCAAUGGAUAUCUCGCCGUCGCUCCUCUGAUCUUUGAAGACCAUGAUUGCCCUAUUAUAUUUCUGGAAUCGUGUCGCUAAUUAUUGGACAUUGUAUUAUCAUCUUAAUUAGUGUACUUCUUGUGGUAUCCAUUUAGAUGGUAUCCAAUUAAUAUUGACUCGAGACCGUUUCAGCCGA